AAGAGGGUUGAAGAUGCUCCAGAGAGAGAGAGAUAGUAAUUCUCUUAAUAAAAAGUCUCCGUCUUCUUCUUCUUCUUCUUCUCUCGAGAGUGGAGAAGGAGACUUUUGCUGUUCAAAGUCUUUAGAUAUGAGCGUUACAAAAAGAAGCAACAGUGAUUCAGGAAGAAGCUUGAAAUCGCCGGUUGUUCGGCCUUAUGUUCGAUCGAAAAUGCCCCGCCUUCGCUGGACUCCUGACCUCCAUCUCUGCUUUGUUCAUGCAGUUGAACGUUUAGGAGGAGAAGACAAAGCUACUCCAAAGAUGGUUUUACAGGUGAUGAACGUGAAAGGCCUCACCAUAUCUCACGUGAAGAGCCAUCUUCAGAUGUACAGAAGCAUGAAGCAUGACCAAAUGAUUCAAGAAGCAGCCAAGGCUGCAAAGACACAGAAUCAUCACCUCAAGUAUGUGAAGCUGACAAAAAACUACCCAUUACGAAACAUUCAUCAAGGCUUUGGAAAUCAUUCUAUUCAAGGGCUGGCUCUCAGGAAUACCGCCUCACAGGAUCACUGGAAAGACAAUGGGGGAAUGUGGGUUGGGAAGGGGGUGAUGAAUGAAGCCUUGUCAUCAUUAUCAUCAAGCAAGCAAGUAAUUACAGGCAAAGGAAUAAUGGACCAUGGACCAAAUUCUUACAUUAUUUUCAAGGACUUGCUGAAAAGCUGCAAAGCUCAGAGGGAGAUGAGAAGUGAGCAGGAAAAAGUUGCACCAAAAAUGGCUAUUCCUGGCAGCUUUUGCCAAAGAUUACAUGAUUUGGGUGACAGUGGUGCAGGGAGAGUGACCGAUUGGGGCUCAACUUCUCUUUCUUUGGCGUCAAAAGCUAAUUCCCUUCCAUGGUUAAAGCUGGGCAAAGCUGGUGAAAAUGACGUCUCUCUUGACCUCACUCUUGCUUGAAUUCAUGUACAUGGUUACAAACAGUUUGGAAUUUCAGAAAGUUAUAAUUUCUUAAC